ACAGAUCCAGACUAACUGCAAGCAAUGCCGAGCGAAGUUCGUUAUCACAGGUCAGCCGAGAAUAUCGACGAUGCGGAACGUGCCACUGUAAAACCGCUCAGCGUGAGCUACCAUCGAUUUUCCGUGUUGGAACGCGUGCUUUUGAUCGCCGUCUCCGUGUUCAUAGUUCUAGCAAUCGUGUUUGGAAUCCUUUAUGCUUCGAGUGAAACAUCUAAGAACAAUGAAAAUGAACCUGGUAUAAAAUCGACAUUUUUAUAUUCAGUAAAGGCAUACCAUACCCAAUUUGUUUAGUAGUAAAGUGAAAGCGUGCAGUGAUAAACAGUAAAAAAACACGCUGUGAGAACAUUUGUUGUGAUAAUGUUUUUAUUAGUAGAACUCACUAAAACCUUUAAAAUUAAUUUAUGUCACUCACCUAAAUGUCCUAUUGAGGUUAGAAAGCACAAAAGCAAACUGUGUUUAAGUCUUUCCUCGGAUUUUAUAUGGAAUGCACCUUGGUUUACUUUUAGUGACCAGACAUGAUGGUGUUUUCAGUAAACACAAAGGGCGUCAUCCAUAAAAUCUUCCUGGCGGACACCAUGCAGUAGUCUUCGGACUGGCAGAACCCCCAUAUUGUUUAAUGCUUAUGGAUGUACAGUGGUAAAAAUUUCAUAAACUAAUUCGUACAAUUGGUGUUGAUAAGGGGAGUGUUCAUUUUUGACUGCUUUGGGACAGGGAAAUAAAAAAUGAAUUUUUGUCAAUCAGUCAACCAUUUUACCAUGCCAAAACAAAAAGAUAUGCGGGGAAACACAUGAUGUAGACGUGGUCAGCGCGCUGUUCCUUACCAAGGAAAUAUGAUUAUUCCCACCCCAACGUGCACCUCAGUUCCCUGAGACUAUGAGACCAAAAUAAGACGGAAAUUUAAUUUGGCACAGUCAUUAUUAGGGCCUUCUAACGAUAAUUUAUUCUUUUCAGGUUCAACAGAAAAAAAUAAUGAGACAGAUAGAAAUAACGAGACAGACAACUGCGCCAAGGUCAAGCCUAACCAAGUUCAAAGUGCACAAGCAAAGUGUAAGUAUCAAUCUAAUAAGCUUUAUUUCAACAGGAUAACAUUAUCAGUAAUUGUACUGUUCUCCAUAGUGGUCCUGAAAUCUAAGCUAAAAUAUUAUUGAAUACAAGUUAUAUGAUAUAAGUUAUAUUACACGAAUUACCAUAUAUUGGUACAUGUUAAAAUUUAUUUCGAUUAAAAUUCGAAAUUACCUAUUUUAAAAAGUUAUUAAGUUCUGAGAUGGUUUGAUAUUUAGAGGUUUAGCGUUCCAAGCGGAAAUUGCUGAGUACUCAAAGGUUCUUUAAUUGAUUGGUUCUAGGUUUAGGUAGUACAACGUCUUCCUUAUUCCUAGUGUUGUAACUAUGCCUCUGCUUAGCCUCCUUCGCAGGCCUCUCUAUGGGUUUUAGCCUGCGAAUGGGUUUUGAAAAAAAAAUUUUUCUCACCACCCGAUUCCUCAGUGAGAUGCCUGCGGAGGAGGCUAGCCUCUGCUAAUGUUUCCUCAGGUCUAAAUUGAUUCCGUCGAUAUCGCAAUGCAUAUGUUUAUACAUUAUGAUUGCAUUGUGGUUUUGUCUUCUUUAAUUAACUGAGAGACGUCUAGCCAAGCUGGCUGACGGUCACAUUAGAUGAUGUGUCGGAACUUGCUCCCAGAAUAAGCCUCGCCGCCCUAUUUUGCAGUUUCUGCAAAUGUGUUGCUGACGAGGUACUACAGCUGUCCUACACUACCCCACAGUAAUCAAAAACAGGGACUAUGGUGGAAUUAUAAACAAGGGUAGCGGACGACGUCGAAAGGUAUGGCAUGAUACGUUGGAGGCUUUUCGUUGAAGGCUACCCCUGCGGACCCCCGUAUUUAUUUUUAGUUUUCCCAGCAUCUUUACAUUCUUUUUCAACUGACCCAUCGUGGUACAUUUACCUCUUCCAAGAAAUUGUGUGAAGAAAUCUAACGAUUUUCAAACUUUUUCCGUUCUCUCCAGCAAUCCUAGACAGCCUCGAUUGGAGUGUAGAUCCAUGUAAUGACUUCUACAAUUUCUCAUGCAAUAAAUGGUUAUCUGAACACGACAUUCCCCCUAGUAAGUUUUGGAUCAAUCAGUUUGACUUAGUGUCGGAAGAUAAUUUUGCAUUUCUCAGACAGAAACUACAAGACAAGGACACCAUAAAGAAAUACGAAAAUGUAAGUUGGAAUAAUUAACAAGUUACUACAGGAGGAAACUUAAGCUAAGCUAUCAGGAUAGCUCUAUCAUUUCCCCCAAUUCUAUUUUCUAUACUUAUAUUUUUCACUUAAUCCCUAGGAAAAUAGUUUUGUUUUCCCGAGAGUUUCAAUGUUUUCCGAAACGAAGUCGAGUGGAACAUUGGGAUUAGGAAACAAAACAAACUAUUUCUCGAGGGAACAUACAUAAGUGUUUUGUUAAUAUACAGUAUAGCGAAUUCUAUUCACGAAACAAUUAUAUCUCAUGAAUAAAACUCUGUAAUGUAACCGCUGACCGCAAACGGCAAACUUCAAAUCGUACUUUGAGGUCAAGCUAGUGCUAGCUGUUCCGGCCAAGUUAGUAUAGGUAAUCAUGCGAUGGCGAGUACAAUUAGGGUUUAAUAGUACGAGUGAUGUUUGGAAAUUUUGCCAAAAUUGGACGAGCCGCCGGGGCGAGUCCAAUUUGGCAAAUUUCCAAACAUCACGAGUACUAUUAAUCCCUAAUUGUACGAGCAACAUCGCAUGAUUACUUGUUUAUAAUUAGCAUGACAAAAUUGGAUACUUCUCUGUCAAGAUCAUAUUCUCUCGCCAAAGCCCAGUCCUGCCAGACAUUCAACCAAGAUUUGGUACUUUUGUUCGUAUUUUCAUUUAGUUCUUUUGUUAAAGCACAAUUUGGUGCUUUUGUUCGUAUUUUCAUCUAGUUCCUCAAGGGCAAUUUCAUUUCACAAAUGUGUUCAAAAUACCUUUCCGCCAUUUUGUUUGUUUUGGGAAAAUCAUUAAUUGUACUGCAGUACAAUUAAUGAAAUAAUUGUAUUGCUCUCAACCAAUCAGCAUCGAGUAAUUUUGUCAUGCUAAUAAUAAGGAGAGUAAUUUGCGCAUUAAAAUUGAAGCAUGAAUUUAGCUAUACUUAGGUGUCGAAAACUUGUAGAACUUACCUCCAAUGUCGAUUUGAAUGCGGUCUGCCGUAAGAGUCAAUCUUAAGAUGUCUACUGUACUCUUUUUGUAAACUGGAAAAAGUUCUUCGUAAACUUUUCAGUCUAUUUUCAGCAUUUAUGUACGUAUCCAUUCGGAGAGGGCAACGACUUUUUAUUUUGCUUGCGAUGUUACUCUGAGUGUAUAUCCACUCCGGGCAGGCUUGAAAAAUAUGCCUGGCCACGGUGGAAAUCGAACCUACGACCUUUGGAACACUAGCCCAUUAUUUUUCAAGCUUGCCCGGUAUGGAUAUACACUCAGAGUAACAUCGCAAGCAUCAUAUUCACCUGAGUACAUUACACCAACACAAGAAAAAAGACUUUUCAUUUGUUUUCGCGCGGGAUAGAUUGCAUUUAUCUAAAUCGACGUGACCGCAAAUCAGCUGAUCACGUUUAGUUUCAGCACCAGCUGUACAGCAAAACUUAAAUACCAUUCCUCCUUCUUUUAGAUAGAAGCGGUUUCGAAAGCGCUCAACGACUACACUGCCUGUAUGAAUUACGUUAACGUAAAGGAAAGCGAAAAGGCUGAACAAGCCCGCAAGUUUAUCUCGGAUUAUGGGGGAUGGAAUAUAAGCGGCUCGGGAUGGUCCAGCGGAACCUGGAAGCUUUUGCCAAAUCUCGUUAAAAUUCACCGAAAUCUUAAGAUUUUCCCGCUAUUUUUUAUCUCCGUAGCUGAGGAUAUCAAGAACUCGACUAGACAUCAAAUUGCGGUGGGUCUUUUUAAUUGUAAUCAAUUUUUAAUUGUAAUUUCACUUCACUUUCCAUAUAGGCCGAAUGACUGAAGUUCUUGCUCCAUACAUAGAUGUAGAGCUCGCCAGUAUUAUUCGGAUCUUGGUCAAUGUUAUCUUCCGAAUUCAUAAUCUGAGGAGGACAACAUCGACCAUUAUUCAUUCUGCGACAUUAAUAAAUAAAACAAACAAACAUUGAAGUCAUUACAAAAAAAAACAGCUCAGCAGAAACGUUUCCUACGUCUUUGUAAUUUGACCCAAAAUACCGCUGGAAUAUCGGUUUGCCGUUUGAGGUAUUCGUGAAAACACGCCAGUCUUACCCAUGACCACCUGCAUCUAGUUUCCCUUCAAUAUACACCAAAGGAGUUCCCAGGGGUCUCUAGGAAACAAGACGUAUUUUGCAAUGGGAUUACAGGAACAAAGGUGAAAAGUCAUAUGGAACCAGGGACAUGAAAGCUGUGGGAACAAAGGAACACGGUGAAAUUUUUAAUUUGUGAGAAACAAGGGAACAAAAGAAAAAUUUCCAAGUAAACACGGAAACACAGACCGCCAUCCUCCCCCCUCUCCGGAGUCCCUCAUUCCGGGCUAAAUUAGUAAACCGAAAUGUUCAUUUGUUAGAGCUUAUUAGAUGGUAUAAAAUGUUUUUCCUAGAUGAUACAAAGAUUUUCCUAUUUGCUUAAGCGAGAGAUGUACUUAGGAAACGAUGCUUUUUCUAAAAAGGUAAUUAUUAAAUUAAAAACGAUCCUAAUAUCUUUCUUGGGCCUUUAACGUUCUCUUAAUCUCGAAAUUCUACCAGUAAAUAAAAAACUUUGCCGACUAUAUCUUGAAAUACUUUAGCAGUUUUCUUCAUUAACGUUCAAUACACGUCAACCAGUGGCGUAGCCAGCUCGUAAGCCUGGUUCACACGAUGAAAUAAGCAUAAGCACAAGCAGCGGAACCUUUGAUGUGCAUAAACAUAAGAAGAACAAAUGUUGCGUUCUUCUUAUGCUUACGUUUAUUCACAUCAAAGGUUCCGCUGCUUGUGCUUAUGCCUAUUUCAUCGUGUGAACCAGGCUGUAGCAGUCCCGCUAUGCAAAUAUUACCAUGUUUAUAAACUAUCAACACAAUCAAUUUCUAAAGAAAUGGGUAAUGAUAAUGAUACUGAAUUGAAAUUUGCGUAGCGGGACCAAAUCGUCGGGCUGGCUACGCCACUUAUGUCGGCAUGUACAUUCUAGCUCAUCUUAGCUGUUAACUUGUGGCCGCAAUUUCUGAUCGUGAAUAGACAACAAGGCCGAGUUGUCUAUGAGCAAAUAAGGAAGGCGAAGCCUGAGUUGACUAUUCACCAUUGACAACAAGUACGAGCUGUAUAUAUAUAUAUAUAUAUAUAUAUAUAUAUAUAUAUAUAUAUAUAUAUAUAUAUAUAUAUAUAUAUAUAUAUAUAUAUAUAUAUAUAUAUAUAUAUAUAUAUAUAUAUAUUAUAAUAUUAUUAUAUAUUAUAUAUAUUAUUAUUAUAUUAUUAUUAUUAUAUAUAUCAUAUUAUAUAUAUAUAUAUAUAUAUAUAUAUAUAUAUAUAUAUAUAUAUAUAUAUAUAUAUAUAUAUAUAUAUAUAUAUAUAUAUAUAUAUAUAAGGAAUGGGAAAAAGUAGGCGCAUGCGUUAUGGGAGAAUCUUAAGGAAUCAUUAUAUCAUAUUUCCUUAACAAUUUUUCCAGAUCUGUGUGGAGCACUGCCAACAUUGGAGCCCUUUCCAAAUAGUUUCCACUGCGCAUCGAAAUGGCGCGUUUUGCGUCGGGAUAAAUUCCAGUUGACUGGAAGAAUUAAAAUGUACAUAUCAAAGACAAAGUUUUUAACUCUUCAAUCAUUAUUUAUGUUUAACUUAGGGAAGCCUCACAUGUCGAUUUUGUCGACGAGAAACGUUAUAUGUUCGUUUCUCUGCAGACCCACCCCCCACCCCCCUUAAAAACGUCACACAUUGUUAUCGAUAUUUUGUUUUUUAAUAUAGUACACAUAAGGUAAUUUUUUACUAUUGAAUUUGACUGGACUUCGAGACAGUUGAAUUUAAAUUACUUUAAGGAGUCUUAUCCCAGGCGCACAGGAUCCGAUGGUAGUCGUUCGACUAUGGUUUAAGCCAGUUUUCCACUUUAAUCGUAUCGUACCGAAACGUAGCGUAUUUCAUUGUUUUUUCUUUCUUUAUAAAUGUAUAGAACAGGUAUGGUAUUACGAAUAUAUAGACUGAUGUUUGUAUCAAGUUGUGUUCUUUUUUAUAUUCUGCAAAGAUGAUUCCGAAAUGUUAAAGGGGCCGUCGUUUUUAGUCGAAAAGCCACCUUAAGUAUUGUUUACAUUUUUUGUUAUUGUCGCUACUUGACAUGCGCACCACGGCAUGCAUGCGUCUUCCGGUGUGCGGAAGUACUCAUACUCACGGAUACUGCAUGUAAGAUACAGCCAGUUACAGCCAAACGAAUCUCCGUGGAGUCCCCUAAAAAAUUACUGUAGGGCCCCUUUAAGGCUCUCGAAAAAACUAUCGAAUGUUUCCAUCCGCAACCCCCCACCCCCAAACGAACAUAUGACGUUUCUCCUGAACAAAAUCGAUAUGUGAGGCUUCCCUUAAUAGCUGCUAGCAUAUUUUGUCUCCUGUGUAAAGCGAAAUUACGAAAAGUACACUUACGGGAAUAUAUUUUGUAAUUUAAAGCGAAUCAUCCGUGCAGAAACUAAUUGUUCUUGGAGCAACUUUUUGCAUAUUCAAAUAAUUGAACAUUUGAUUACUUUGACAUAUUCUUAUUCUUUCAUGGAAAUUCCAAAUUAGCUUAUUAGCCGUCUCUGCGACUGCAAGUAUCUCUAUAAGUUGUAGCCUGAUUCCCUAGAAAUACCUGCGGAGGUGGUCAGGAGGUAAUGAAGGUAAUUGAAUGAAGGUAAUUUUUCCCAUGCGUAUGCUGUUUUCAUACAGAUGCGAAAAGCUUACCAAGACCUCAUGUUAACAGCAAUGACAACCUUAGCAAACACAAGCACAAAUGACUCGGUUGUUGCAAGACAAGUUAAGGAGAUAUUUGAGUUCGAGAAACUCUUGGCUGAGGUAAGAAUUAGCCUUCUACAUUAUCUAGUCAUAACACCGUGGGUUUUCUCCAUGUAUUCUGUUAAGUUGGCCCCUCCAGUGACCUAUGUUGGCCUUCACAGUGAUAGUAAAAGCCGACCAAACGCAUGAUAACUUGCCAAAUUUGGAUCACCUUUUUUUUGAUUUCAGAACAAUUGAGAUAAACGGUUCUAAAAAUGAAAGAAUUUUACUGGGCGGACUUGAUCGAUUGGGCAAUCGAAGGCCGGUCGGGGCCCAGGAAUUUCGGGGGGUCGGAAUUGCUGGAACAAAGCCAGAUUCAAAUUAAAUUCUUUAGCACUAAAAAAUUUAUCUAGCUUCUGAGCAUUCCUAGAACACGAUUGGUCCCUUCAGUGUGCAAGCUAGACAAGGCUGAGAUCCUCACUAAUGCAGACAAGUGGCGUAAAUCACGGGGGGGGGACACCCCCUAAUGUUUGAAAAAGACAAUAUUGUGGUCAAAUUUACAUGGGCGUACCGGAAGGAAAAAAUUAGGGGGGCGGAAAGAAAUUUGCCCGACUUUUCGGGAUUGUGUCCGACUAGUACCUAAAAAUUUUUUCCGGAAAAAUAAUUUCGGCGACCCUAGGCCCAUAGGAUCAGGUCUACUGCGAAAAGCAUCGUGGCAUAUGCCUAAGGAUAGGAAUGUGCCUUCGACGCUACCACUGUGGACCUUCAUAAAUUAUUCAAUUUUUCCCAUGAGUUCUAAAGAACUGAGAGCUGUAACGAAGAACGAGACAGUGUAACAUAGGUCGCUCCAAUAAUUCCACGGAGAAUAUUUUUGUUGUAGAGUUAGACUGAACGAUUAUCUAUAUUAGCAGAUUACCUGAUCUUGGUGAUAGAAGCAGUAUUGUGUUUCCAAACGCCAGUUUUUAUUUAUGACGGACGUUUGUGAUGUUAUUAUUAGCCCCAAUUUCUUAAAAAAAAGUUAUUUUAUAAACUAAAUUUACAUACAAUACUAUAUCUUUACACACUCGUAUAUGGGACCGUGGCCCUAAAAGCUGUCAGUCGCGCCAGCUUAUACCUAUAAGGAGAGUAUAGUAUUGACUGUUAGAGCUAUCAAUAAUAAAUUGCAGUAAUAAAUUUACGUGGUGUUUCCACAAACAAAACUAUUAUAUUUUAUCGCCAUGCAAACAUACAAAGAACUUAGUUUAGUUUAGCUUUUUCAUAACAUUAAUUUUGAUUUCUGUUACCCUAGGUUUCGAUACCAACAAGUCAAGCACUAAAAAAAGAAGCACUUUAUAAUCCAAUUACAAUAGAGGAACUGCAAAACGCCACAGGAAAUACGGUAAGACAAGUUCUUCUAGGCAUUUUUGGUUGGGCUUGAUAUGAUAUUGAUGGCCUUGAUAUGAUUACUUAACACUUAUUCGUGGUUCAGUUCUUGUUGCCACCAUCCCCUCGCGGCCAAGGCCAGGGAUAUGUGUUUUUUUUCUUUCCAAACUGUCAAUUCCCCACCACCCGGCAAAUAAAGAAAACCAUACAAUUCUUAACCCCGGGGACAAUUAACAUUCACAAACUAUACUGCAUUACAUUCACAAUUGUCGACCUUUUACUGACGGCAUUCACUGAGCGAUCGAACGUAUUUACUUAGGCUAUAUUAAAGGCUAUGCAUGAUAUAAUGUGACACGAAGCAUUUUUUCUUCCACCUUGGAACGCAAACUUUAAUCUACAGGCAUGUUUUAAUUCAUGCAAUGUCAUUUUGUUUUCGUAGUUCAAUUGGUUAGAUUACUUUCAAGGACUGUUUCGUGACACUGGUGUGGCAAUCACCAUGGAAACGCGAGUGAACGUCAAUCAGCUUGACUAUAUAAAGAACUUGACCCAAAUAUUGGGGACAACUGAUGACGUGUAGGUAUCCGCCAGGUUCGUAUAGGUAGAUCAGGGAUCUUUAACUUUACUUCUCCUACUGACGUAAAUAGCACGACUAACAUACACGAUGUAUGAAAAAAUAGGCAAUUGAAAAAUGUGCGAUAAACUAAAAAUACGGCAGGGUUUGUUAAAAAUGUGUAGUUUAUGGUCUUUUAAACACAAAAACUAAUCAUAGGACGCUUUCCAUUUAUAACGGCCAGCCUGAUUAGACCAGGAUUUAUGUAUCUUUAUAUCCAGAUGAUCUUGAUACGCGGAAAAGUACUGGCACUAGUUGUCAAAUAGAAAUCCAUUUUAUGAUUAAAACAACUGAAUAUCUCCUGUAAUAUACUUUCUUUCGAUUCCAUAUUUUUGUCAGAGCUAGAGUUCUCAUAACCAAACAUAAUUACAAAAUUUCAACUAGUUUCAUAAAGAAUAACGAAAGAUAUAAUUGACUGAAUACAUCAAAAUGGAUUUCUAUUCGGACAACCCUUUCUGAGCGCUGAUUGGCUAAAAUACGAACACAAGAUCACCUGGAUAGAGUGUAUCAAAAAGAAGUAGGCAAUUGUAAAACAGUCGCUAAACUAAAAAAUCCCCCAAAUGUAUGUGAAUAUGGGUAUGUUAUGGUGUUCUGAUUUCCCUAACACAGAAACUAAACCGAAAAUUUUACUUUUGAGUUCAGGAAGGCUGUUUUUAGAAAGCAUACUAAAAGUGGCUUUGCGCACAAAAAUGAAAGGUUUAAAACACAAUUGGAAUUCAUAGGGUGCAAGGUUGGAAAGCCCGUCCUUUAUGAACUAUCAAAGUACAAGACAAUUUGAUGUGUAUACAAUAAGUCCUUCGAGCUAGCAUCUCUAAAACUUGGACACUUUUCCCGUAUUAGCUUCUCGUGCAUAUUUUUCUUUAAACUUUUGUGAAGAGCAUGUGACAAAUCAGUCAUGAAUGAAAUCAGUUGUGCGUUGAUAAAAAAUAUGCGUGAAGGGCUAGACUUUCCAAAGUCCUUUCCAGGCCCUUCUAUGGCGCGCUUCACUUCCACUAGCGACUUCGUCGCUCGGGUCGCGCGCUCCCUCCCCCGCGCCCUCCCCAUGUGGUCGACUUGUGGCAAGUCUAGUGAAGGGCUAAUACGCUACGAAAGUGCAAAUUUUAGAGGUUGAGCGGUGGACUUAAUGCACAUCAUGUCUGGUACUUUGAUAUUUCAUAAAUUAGAUAAGAAUUAUGUUUUAAACCUUUCAUUUUUGUGUGCAACCUAUACUUUUAAUAUAGUUUUAAAAGCAGCUUUUCUGAACUCAAAAGUCGAUUUCCAUAAAUAGAAAGUUUAAAAUGCAAAUUGAAUUCCUUGGGUGCAAAUCUGGAAAGUGUUGUAUGAACUAUCAAAGUACAAGACAAUUUGCUGCACAUUAAGUUCGCUGUCCUCCAACAUCUAAAAAAGUAUAUUUUUUCUUAGGCACUGUAUUUUUUUGCACUGUAUUUUUUAUGGACUGAGAGCUUUUUCGAUACUGUAUUUCCUUUUUUGGAACUGUUUUCCCUUUCUUUGGCACUGUAUUUCCUUUUUUGACACUGUAUUUCCUCUUUUUCCACUGUAUUUCCUAUUUUAACACUCCAUAUCCUUUUCUGGCACUUUCUUUGAUAGUGUAUUUCCUUUUCUGACACUGUAUUUUCGGGCACUGUACGUUUUUUCUGGAACUGUUUUCCAUUUUUUGGCUCUGUAUUUCCUUUCUUUAGCACUGUUGUCUCUUUUUUGUCACUCUUCUUUGGAACUGUGUUUCCUUGUUUGGCACUGUAUUUGUUUGGGGGGAUGUAUUUCCUUUUUGGCACUGAAUGUGGAAAGUGUUGUAUGAACUAUCAAAGUACAAUAUACACUUAAUGUCUGCACCCGAGGGAAAUAGUUAGUUUUGUUUUCCCGAGAAUCUCAAUGUUUCCCGAGACGAAGUCGAGGGAAACAUUGAGAUUCGAGGGAAAACAAAACUAACUAUUUCCCGAGGGAAAAGACGUUAAGUGUUUUGUUAUAUAGCGACGAAACAAAUAUCGACAUUGAACAACAUUCAUACAACAAUAUUUGUAUUUCAUGACAAAAACUCUAUAGCGUAAAUGAGUUUAAAAUUUUAAAAACCUACUUAAAUGGUUUCAGCAGCAUAUCCUGUUGCCUGUUAUGUAUUUUUCUUCUCUUUUACAUUCUUUAUUUUAACACAAAGCCACGAAAACAGUAGUUUAAAUAGUAUAAAUUUGUGCCGCCAUUUUGUUUAUUUAUGUACGUAGCCGGUCGGGGCGGGCAACAAUUUUUCACUUGUUGCCCGGGCGGGAUACAUUGCAUUUAUCUAAAGCCACGUGACUACAAAUCAGCCAAUCACAUUUGGUGUUCACACUAGCUAUAUAACAAGACAAUUUGAUGUAUACAUUAAGUUCGCUCUCCUCCAACAUCUAAAAGUAUAUUCCUUUUUUGGCACUGUAUUUCCUUUUUUGGAACUGUUGUCCCUUUUUUGAAACUGUAUUUCCUUUUUUGAUACUGUAUUUCUUUCUUUGUCAAUGUAUUUCCUUUUUCAGUACUGUAUUUCCUUUUUUGGUACUGUAUUUCCUUUUUUGGCACUGUAUUUCCUUUUUUGGAACUGUUAAUUUCCCCUUUUUUGACACUGUAUUUCCUUUUUUGAUACUGUAUUUCUUUCUUUGGCAAUGUAUUUCCUUUUUUGGUACUGUAUUUCCUUUUUUGGUACUGUAUUUCCCUUUUUGGCACUGUAUUUCCUUUUCGGCACUCUUAGCCAAUGAGAAUCGACCACGUAUUGGUGAAAUUGCUUUUGUCAUAUUUCAAAUACUCCUUGAAAACUAUUGUAAUUAAAAAGGGUUAAAGGUGUUCUAACGCUGAUUACAUUUUAAAAUUUCAGAUUGCUAGCCAACUAUAUGAUGUGGGAAGUAAUAUGCUUCGAAACGUACAAGUAUUUUCCUCGAGUGGUUUCCGAGAAGUUCCAGAAUUAUCGUUCACUACUGUUUCGCGCGAAAACGGAACCAGAUCGAGGGAACACGUGUUUAAUAUUUGCAUUAAACCUGUUGGGCUUACCAUUGAGUAUGUUAUAUGUUGAUGAAAAGUUUGGCGAAGAUAAAUUGAGACAUGUAAGUUGAGACAUAUUAGGGCCAUUUAUACGGGACAAAAUAAGUCGCGACUGACAUAAGACGCGUCUUAUAUAAGCGGAUUUAUCGCAUAAAUGGUUCUCUACGGCUCUAGUCUUAUUUACUUGCUAUAGCUAUAAUGUUGUCUUGAUUGUUUUUGUUUUUAUAUGCAAGGCUAAUAAUUUUACGUUGUUUCAAGUUUCGGGCAUGUGCAGUUAGACUUUUUAUACAAAAUGUCUUAUUUAAGACGCGACUUUUAAAAAUAAGAACAGCUAAAAAUCCUGUUCUUAAUUAAGUCGCGUCUUAUCCAAGACGCGACUUACAUAAGAAUUUUGUACCUUUUAUACGACAAACUCGCGUCUUAUUUAAGUCGCGUCUUAUGUAAGUCGCGACUUAUUUUGUCCCGUAUAAAUGGCCCUAAUGUUCAUUUAUAACGAGAUAAAAAUCCAUUUUUUAUCGAUACUCGAAUUUUAAUUUUUCCCAUGCAACAGUAGCAUAGCUCCUUCCCCCCACUUGGCUACGCCGCUGUUUGUAUCAUUAUCAUACUUGGUUGAUUGCACACAAAUCUUGUAAUAUUCUGUUCAUGUUUUUAUCCGUUACUCUUUUUCAGCAUUAUUAUUUUUAAAAUACAUUUUUAAACUAGUUUAAAUAUUGAAGAUCUAAUUGCUAACCCGUACAAAAUUUCUGGGAGGAUUUUUAUUGUGCUUUUAUUCCUUUUAAUGCUAUAAAAGCAAAUAUAACUUGCUGUUGUCUCGAUAAUUUUUAAAGCCGCCAUCUUAAUUUUUUUUCUACUGGCAGAAUAAUUAUUAUGUGGUAAUUAUUAUCCUGAAUAGAAAGCUAAUCAAAUUGCAGAAUAGCUUACACCCAGCAAAUGUCUAUAUAAUAAAUGGAUAAAUUGUGAGUAUACUAGCUGUUUCACAUCAAAAAGUUUUGGUUCAAAAACUUGAGUCAAAUAAUGCACCCACAGACUCGCAUGCAGUAGUGACUCAAAAUACUGGGUAAAAUUACUGAAAUGAUGCGGCGCAAGUAUACUUAUAAAAUAACAUGUAUAUAAAGCGUGCUCUGAUUGGUCGAAAGUUUUUAAAGUGAAAUUUUAACACGGAAAGUUGUUAUUUUAUAAAACAAUUACUUAUGGUUUCCGUGUUUGAAUGGCCUGAUCCAAAACACUUGAGAAUUUUGCUCGAGUUAAGAAAAGCGCGCAAAAUCACUCGCCUUCGGCUCGUGUAGCCAUUCAGCAUGCUACGCUGAUUUUCAAUGGGCCCUGCACACUAUACAACAUAUAUUAACCUAAUUAUAUAAUACAAUAUAGUGAAGCCUACAUACUGGUCAGCUUCACACUAUAAUACAGGGAUUAUUCUAAGGAAAUUUUAUCACUGCACAAAAGCGCGAAAAUAAUAAAAUUUAUAUAUAUUUAGCGACAUUUUACAAAACGUUCUGACUGCCCUGCAUGAGUAUAUGUACUCUGAUUCUGCAACUUUAAAGUUUACCCCGUCCAUGUCACUAAUUAUAUGCAGGCAAAUGAGUCAAAAUGACCGCUAAUGGAGCCCAAAUCUGCAUUCUGCAUAUUCUAUUUCAUGCAAAAAUAUACACAUUUUCACAUAUUGUUUGAAUUGCAUGCAAAACACCAAGCAAUAUUGCUCAAGAUCUAGUCUUUCACACUCUGCAUGCAUGACAUAGAUUAAUCUAUAAACUGUUGUCAAAAAACAGUGUCAAAAAUCUCAAAACAAAAUCGCUCGGCAGCAGCUUAACCUUGCGAAGAUGACGUAUUCUUGAUCAUGACUUGGCUGCUAGGAGAGAUACCCGAUCGGAAUAAAUAUGCCACUGAAACACUAAAUGCAUGAAUGCUUUAUUGAUUAAGAGGUCGGCAAACAGUAGCCGAGCUCUCAGAUUGCAAUAAUUUAGAGUUAAAUAUUUUCACCCUGUACAUUCCCAGUAAAAACUGAAAGUCAUUGCAUGUGUCAUAUGUGGAUUAUAUGCAAAUUAGUAUACAAGCAGUAGUCAUUUUGUCGCCAAUUUCUGGUACUGAACAAUAUCGCAUUUUAUCACUACACAUAAUUAACAAUUAUUAUACAUUGUACUUGGUAAAAGCAAUUUGAUUGGCUAAGAGCUUACAGUUAAAUCGCGCAGUCACGCAACCUACACAAAAUUCAGUUAUCCGCUAGCAGAUAACUCAGUUAUCUGCUAGCAGAUAACUGAAUUGAGGUUGAAUGAGUGUACAUUUCAAAUGAGUGUACAUUUCAAUUUUCAAAUGAAUGUACAUUUCAUAAUUGUAAUGUUUACUUUAACAAGCAAAUAUUUUAAUACGUUAACAUCUUAACGAUAAUAUGUUUCUUCUAUAUUUGUAAUUAAUUUAACUGUUGGACUUUUUACUUGAACAGCUUUGCCAGAAAUCAUAUUGAAUAUAACGCUUACCGAGACCUUAAUAAUUUUGCAUAUCGCAAAAACCGAAUUCAAUAAAUGUUUUAUUAUACAUUUGAAGAAUAAUAAACAUAGUAUUAAAAUAGUAUGUUUAUUAUUCUUCAAAUGUAUAAUAAAACAAUUAUUGAAUUCGGUUUUUGCGAUAUGCAAAAUUAUCAAGGUCUCGGUAAGCGUUAUCAGCCUCGCCUUCGGCUCGGCUGAUAACGCUUACAGAGACCUUGAUAAUUUUGCAUAUCGCAAAAACCGAAUUCAAUAAUUGUUUUGUUAUUUGUUAUUUUGUUUGUGUUAAAUAGAUACCGCUUGCUAAUCAUCGCAGGCUCAUUUGCAGAUAACUCAGUUAUCUGCUAGCAGAUAACUGAAUUUUCUGUAGGUUGCGUGAUUGCGCGAUUUAACUGUAAGCUCUUAGCCAAUCAAAUUACUUUUACCAACUACAAUGUAUAAUAAUCUAAUUUAUCACUGCACAAAUCUCAUUUAUCACUGCACAAAUUGUUUAUCACUGCACCUUAGAAUAAUCCCUGCUAUAAUAUAUAUACUAAUACAUUAAACAACUAAUUAUUCUAAUUAUAGUAAAAAACUACUGAUAUUACUGAUUAACCCAAGGGGACUUAAUCGGUUCUGUAGUGAUUGAUGAGCAUAGAUUUAGCAACAUUUAGUGUGAUAUUGUCGACGUUUUGUCUAAUGUUAUCCGGGAGAUUGUUCCAAGAUUUUGCCGCUCUAUAUGAGAAACUUUUUUUGAGAAAAUUUGUGUUAGGUUUCUCAAGGGAAAGUUGGCAAAAGUUACUUCUCAAGUUGUACGUUUCGUUUGAACAGAAAUUAAACAUUUCUGUGAGAUAAUUCGGAGAAUUAGCAGUAUAAAGUGCUUUAAAAGUAACAAUAUUUUCUCGAAUAGAUAAGCUUUUAUGGAUUCCAAUCAAGUUUUCGAAAUAUUUCAUUGGACCGUACAUAGUAUGAAGCGCCGGUUAUCACACGUGCCGCUUUCUUUUGAAGUUUAGAUAGCUUUGUAAGUUUACUUUUGUAGCCAUCGUUCCAAACAGUGGAACAGUCAUAGAAAUUCGGAAUUACAAAUGCAUUAUACAUUUUAUUAAGGAUAUGUUCAGGCACAAACGAUUUAGCUCUCCUUAAUAAAGCAAUAUUGUUUGAAACUUUUUAUUUUGUUCGUCGAUAUGCUUGUUCCAAGUUAGAUGUUCAUUCAAAAUUACACCAAGCGUCUUUUUAUUGGGUACCCGCUUAAUAACUUGAUUACCAAGUUUAAUUAUGGGGCCCUGCUCAAAUGACGGGACUCGCUGGCGUGAACCUAUAUCAUAAAUUCAGUUUUCGUUUCGUUUAGUGUAAGUUUAUUUGCAAUGAGCCAUUCGUUAACAUUCAGAAGAUCAUGGUUAAGUUUUGAUUCAAUUUUUACGGUUGGAGCACUGAUGGAAAGAGUUGUAUCGUCUUCAAAUAAUCUAGCCUUAGUAGUUUGGAGACAUCUGGGCAAGUCGUUAAUAUAUAAGAGAAACAAAAACGGCCCAAGGUUGGCUCCCUGUGGAACUCCACACUUGAGUUCGUUUACAUCUGAUUGCUUACCAUUAAUAGAGCAAAUCUGUUUCCUGUUACUAAAAUACGAUUUAAACCAUUUUACACUAGUUCCUCUGAUACCGUAAAGUUCUUAAUUGGAAAGUAGUAUGUUAUGAUUGACUGAGUCAAACGCCUUUUUAAAAUCCAGAAACAAAACCCCGUUCAAUAAACCAUUAUCCAUAUUAUGAAGCCAUUUCGCCCGCUUUUCUUAACUCUCGCAACAUUCCCGCGUGUUUGGAUCAAGCCAUCUAAACACGGAAACCAUAAAGUAAUUGUAUGUUACUUUUUCUGUAAGUUAAAUCAUUACUCAAAAGAUUGACUAAAUUGAAUAAUUUGCUCAAAAAAUUGAGUAAAUGUUCAUGAAAUCUUUACUCAAAAUUUUGAGUCACUCAUGUGGAUCCAUUAUAUAUAUUAUUGAGUCAAAAUACUCAGCAAUUUUUGCAGUGUUGGAAAGAUGCUAUUGGAAAGGUUUUGGUAAUGUAAAAGUUUUUUCUUACAUCGCUCCAAUUCUCAAAAGCAUGCAAUUACAACACGAAGAUAGAAAAAUUUUCAAGCUUUCAACCAACACGAAGAAUUUUGUAUUAAUUUGGUUUGCGUCUUAAGUUUUUCAAAAAAAUCCAUUUUAGGUCGAGGAGAUGGUCGUAGGAAUACGGGAUGUUUACAUUAAUAAUAUGGAAACAGUAUCAUGGAUGGAUCCAAAAACUAAACGAACGGCAGUGAAAAAGGUACAAAGACAGUAUCCUUAUGAUAAAAUGUACAAAGACUUGCUUUAAAUAGACAUGUACAUUAAAAAAUAAGAAAAAACAACAUGAACGAACAAUGUUUUUUAAAUUUUUGGUGCAAAAGCAAUGGAUUUCGUAAUAUUUUGUCCUGUUAUUGUGAUAUUUUAAUUUGUUUUCAUUGCUUGUUUGAGAACUAAGGGGCCGACCAUUUAACUUUUGGGGGGGGGGGGGGUGAUUUUGAAAUAAAAUUCCUGCAAGGCUAUUCUGAACAAAAAAAUACUUGCACUAACAAACUGGGGGGAAAAAUAUCCUGCCCCAGUAUUUGGUGGGGGAAAAAAUGUCGCAAAACAGCAUGGGUGCAGGGAUCGGUUUGACCAGUCCCAGAAGAUCAGCUGGUUUGAUUUUCAGGGACUAUUGUAAGGUUGAUUUCUUGUUGGAAAACUCCUCAAAAUGCUGGAAAUAGCUUAUCUGAGGUUCAAGAAAUCCACAAUUUUCUGAGGGGGCAUGCCCCCAGACCCCUCUAGAGGCUCGCACCUUCGGUGGUCGACUCGGUUGUCUCAGAAUCCUAGUUAUGGCCUGAUCUGCUGCCCUAUGACGUAUACUUAUUAGGGCCAUUCCAUUUAAUAUCCACACCCCCCUACGGAUGAGGUCAGUAAAAUUUUAACCCCUAAGAAAAAAAGAUCAAAGUGCCGACACAAAACACCCCUCAGAAAUUUGUAAAUUUUCCUCUUACCCCUCAGAAAAAUCGCAGAGAUCAAAGGAUGCCGACAUGCUUAACCCCUCAGAAACGAAUUUUUGAGUCACCCUUCAGAAAAACUCAUCUGUAGGGGGGGGGUGUGGACAUUAAAUGGAAUGGCCCUUAGUUAAACCAUGCAUGCAUAUAUAUGCUGGUAGCUGCAGUGAUACAGACUUGCCGACUGGAACUUCUCCCGUCCAACACAUCCUUAAAAGAGCUCCCUAAACCAAAUGUUAUACCUCAUAGCAAUAUGUAUUAUUAAAAGAAAUGCAUGAAGCUAGAAAACUCAACGUUAACUAUUAUUAAAGAAUCUAAUUAUAAGCUAUUGAAAAAAAUUCUGCGAAAGAGAGUGUGGCAAAAAAAUAUCGUACAUGGUGAUUGGAUAGGAAAAAAAAAUCUUGCACAUAACGAUCCCAGAAAAACAAUUCCCUUCCAGCAGUAAAUUACCUCCCCCCCCCCAAAAAAAAAAAAGUUAAAUGGUCGGCCCCUAAACGUUGUUUUGUGCCACAGAUCAUUGUUUGUCGAUGGUGUUUGGUGAAAAUGCAAUGUAUAAUAAAUGUCCGGAUUUUAGACAUCUCACUUGUUAGAUCGUAAUUUUUAUACAUUUAUUAGACUUACACUAAACUUCAUUCAAUAAUUGUUAAAGUGUCAUCAUUAACUCCUUUGGGCGCCGCCUGACUCAAGUCAGUGGCCUUCUGAUGAAUGUGUUCGAGAAGAUGACUGUUUUGAAUUCAUAACUCAUCUACUUGUUCACAUGCAUCCAUCAUUAGAAAAAAAUCGCACUGGAAAUUGCAGUAGACGUGUAAACGGGCCUUUAGACAAUUUUUUCAGCUUUUAGUUUAUGCCUGCAGGGGAUGAUGGGAAGUAAGGUAUAAUAGUGCUGAUUAUGCUGAAAAUUUUCAAUAAAAACUACCGAAACAACCGAAAUAUUUCAACAUUUACAAGUAUAAGCUAUCACUCCGUGUUUACAAGGCCACCAUUUCUAUUUUUUCAGCAUAAUCAGCAAUGUGAUACCUUACUUUCCAUCGUCCCCUGCACGCAUAAACUAAAAGCUGGAAUUGCCUGUUUAAUUUGCAAGAUAUAAAUUUCUGUUUUCGUUUACUAUAGGCAAGAGGAAUCAAGCAAAAUAUCGGAUUUCCGAAAAUUCUCUUGGACCACGACAAGCUGAACAAGAGGUAUGCGGAGGUAAGAUAUACCCGGCCUCUUAUAACCAUGGAGUGCGCAAAACAAAUAUUCCUGACCUUUAUAUGUACGUAAAACCUGGAGAGUGAGGUUUCAUUAUUAGUAGAUACUAGUUAAUAGCGAUUUAUAAAAACACCCUGACACAUAAAACCUUAACUGAUCGCUCUCUAUACCCAGAGUAUAAAGCGGUUUAUAUUUAGUAUCCAUGCAAUCAAAAUGUCCCAGGAAAAAUGUAAAUUUUACCCAAUCACAGCAACAAUCUAAUUAUAGUUAAAACUACUGAAAUAUAUCAACUAUAUCAUAAAAAAACCCAGUACAAUCUAAUUAUCACUAACCAGUCAAAAGGCAGAUUAAAUUUUUUCAGGCGAAAAGCCGGAUUUUGGCUUUUUACAUGCGACCAGACAGGGAUUUGUAUCAGGCCCUGCUAACUUCAGGUACUUAGAAGGUCUGAACCUGUAACCAUCCUAAAAUAUAAAACUAAACAAUAAGUUUCUUUUCUCCUGAAACAAUUCACAGCUUGAAAUAAAAAAGAAUGAUCAUUUUGGAAACUGGAUGAGAAAACGAAAGUUCUCGAUGAAGAAGACUUUGCAAAAUCUUCAGAAACCAGUCGAUAAAAGCGUGUAAGUGUUUGAUGAGUCUAGCUUUACAUGCACCUGUUUUCAAAAUUUACGCAACCAGGUCGACCAAUAAUCCUUGUUCAUUAUUUUCUUAUUAAAUUUAGUUGGUCGCUAGUUCCAAUUUCCACUAAUGCAUAUUAUGAAAGGACUGCAAACAAAAUAGGUAAGAGUACUGUUUUUAAAUUUAGACUGAAAUGUAUAUCUCGAAAUAAUACAUAAUGGCAAGCUUAAGCAAGAGACGUUUAACGUUUUUGUCAACACGGAGAUCACCCGGUAUUGGUAUAACUAAUGUUUGGGGCAUUACAGCGCUUGUGUAAGGAAGCAUUUAAAAAAAAAAGUUUAGAAAAGUUUUAAAAAAGUUUUAAAAAAGCAAAAAAAGUUUAAAAAGGUAGAUUUUCAAAAAAGUUGAAAAAGUUAGAUUAGGGUUAGGGGUUAGGGUUGGGGUUAGUGUUAGAGGUUAGGUGCCGCGAAUUUAUUACUAUGAUAAAUUCAAAAUGUGCCGCGAAUAGACAACUUGCAUGUUAGACAAAUUUUUUAUCUAGCCCAUCUAGGCACAAAAAAAGUAAAUUCCCGUUAAGAACUUAUUAAAAUUAGUAAAAUUGCAAAAUUUGGUUGCGAAAUGUUGUAAAGCUUAGAAAAUAUAGCCUUGCAAAAUUUGCAUGUUUUCAGUAUAUUUGUAUUACGUGCGGAAAUUGUUAUCAUUUUUGAGCCGAAAAUGGUAACAAUUUCCGCUCGUAAUACAAAUAUACUGAAAAUUUGCAAACUUUGCAAGGCUAUAUUUUCUAAGCUUUACAACAUUUCGCAACCAAAUUUUGCACUUUUACUAUUUUCAGUAUGUUCGUUUCAGCUGUGGUGUUUGAUUCCCUUUUCUCUGCUUAGAUUAGAAUUUAGUCUAACAUGCAAGUUGUCCAUUUAUCAUAAUGAUAAAUUCGGACGUGUUUAAGAAUUUACUCAUGUAGUAAAUUCAAAGGUGGAGCUCAUGCUGUAAAUUAUACAAUAGGAUAAUUACGCAUCCAGUCUACUCUUUUCUAUCCUCGUCCCCAGGCUUUCUCGGCCGAGCGCGUCCUCCCUAGGCCCAGUCUCGUUCCCCCAGCCUGCGAUCCUCGGGAAGGAACGUGAGGCUCUGGGAUAAUCCGUUGCCGGAAGCCAGGAAUCCUGGCUAAGAUUGAACUACGCAUUCCAUUUCAACGGCCAAUUAGAUUCCUCCCUGAAACGGAUUAUCCCAGAGCCUCGCGUUCCUUCCCGAGGAUCGCAGGCUCGGGGAACGAGAUUGCCCUAGGCCCUGGGAAACACGGAACCGGAAGUGCAAGAAAACUUGCAGUAGUUUCUAAAGCGCAUGCUCUUGAAUUGGGACACUUUAGCACCCGUAACAAUUUUCAAAGUAAAGUAUUACGAAGAAACGAAGUAUUUGCGUUGACAUAUGUUGAUAGAAUAAUUAUGCCCAGCGAAAACUGCUCAACUUCUGCGAAAUAGCAGUUCUCUGAGAAGCCAAUCAGAUUUCUCCCUUUAGUCGUCUAACCCAGAGCCUAAUUUUCAACGAGUGACCAAGUGAAAAUGGCUCUGGGGACGAGAAUGACUCUGAUCGGCAAAACAUGACAAACGUUUGAUAAUUUCUUAUCCAAAGACAAAGUUAGCCAAAAUUUAAUCCAUUUGUCCUUGCUUGGACAAUGUCGGUUAGUUCCACAGAUUUUCGUAUCAAUACGUUUGAUAGUUUUUAAGUUAGGAGUACACAGAGAAACAUAGAAACGCGGAUGAAAAUAUAACUGGAACAUAGGUAACGGGAAAGAGUUUAUUAUGGGCGCAUAUAAGAUACUUUGAAGUGUUUUUUACGCUGGUAAUAAACAGCUUUCGAAUCAAUCUCAAACGGACUUGCAUUUUAAAGAGAAACUCAAGACAAAAUUGAAGGAAAAUGUUGAAAAUUUGGAGUCUCUAGAUCGUCGGAAAUGGCAUUCUCACAGACUUCUACCUCUCUCGUUAGGCCUUUUCAUUAAUUCUGGCUUUCAUUAUAAUUUGUGAGUCUAGGCUAUCCGUGAGUCAGGAUGGAUUAUUAUUAUUAACUGACCAAUCAGCCCAUAUUUUAAAAAUUCAAUAUUUUUUUUUUGGGGGGGGGCGGGGAGGGCGGCGAAAUCUCUAAAUAUUGGCGCCCUUGCUUCCUAUCAAGACCAGUGUUGGUUUCCUUUGUCUUUUGCUCAUGGUUUCCUGUGAGUUUUAUAACAGAUUUUUAAAAACAAUUUUUUUCCGGGCAUUUCGUUUCUUUCUAUAGUAACACUGGAAUAGUGUAGGAUGAACCUUACUGGACCUUUAGGGAUAAUAGUUUGGAAGUAAUAGAGUUAUCAAGUACACAAAUAAAGCUUGUUUGAAUUUAAUUCUUUAAUUUUGUAGUUUUUCCUGCCGGAAUUUUACAGCCACCUUUCUUCAAUAUGUCCCGUCCUAUGUAAGUAUGUAUAUAAGUUUGUCUCUUUAAAAAGAUCACCCAUUCCACCCAACUCGAUUUCCCCUUGUCGACUAGUAAAAUCUUAAUAACAAAAUAGGGCGCUUUGUGUUUAAAGGACAUUGAAUGGUAAAAAUUUUAUUUGUCGAUCUGUUUUGAAAGAGGUUUAAAAAUAAUUAAGUAGAACUCAAGUUGUAAGCGGGUUGCAUGUAUGCGACAGUUUUAGGCAAAAGUUGUGUAGUGGAAAUGGGCCUUUAAAUUUGUUUGCACCGCAUAUGAAGAAAGCUAAAGAGUAAAGGCCAAGGAAACACGCAAACGAAAUUCAGUAAAAACUGAUUCUUUCAACUGAGACAAUAAAAAUCACGUCAUGUCCAGUUGAAUGGCCUGAAAUACGAGUUGGGUCUUAAUUACUACCUUUAAUAAAAGAUCGCAUUCUUUUUAACAGGUCUUUAAACUAUGGCGCGAUUGGAAUGAUCAUUGGCCACGAAUUGACUCACGGCUUUGACAAUAAAGGUACAUAAUAUUUAAAACUUACACUUUCGUCACCGUUCCGGGUGUAAGCCGUGGGCGAGGGUACUAAUCCCGCCCGGCUAUUUACACCUGGGGAAACGAAAGCAUUAGCGAAGUCUGAAGUUCAUCAAUGAUCGCGGGCGUGGGUCAGUGUGCGUGUUGGGUGGGUGGUCAUCUCAAAAAUAUGGCGGACUGUCAUGAAUAGCGAACGCUGAUUGGUCAAAUUUAAAAUUUGCAUUAUGACGACUGCAUGACGACAGCGAAAUAGCAAACAUUUCUUGAUUUGAUGAUAUAUUUCAUUAAUUUUUUGCAAGAUUUUGUAAAUUUCAAAAGCUUUUUAAUUAAGAAAAUAAAGGCGAAAGAAUCACUAAAAGAAGGGAGUAAAGGCGCCAACGUUAACGAAGGUAGGUUUGUAGUUUUAAAUAUUGAUGUAUUGUUCGCUUUAUAAUUGCUUUAAAAUCUGAUCGUUGUGUAUAUUUUAAAUGAAAAAGACAGCAUAUAAUUUCAAUUUUUAUUGAUUACCCUUUUUUAUUAUAUUAAAAUUUCUAAAUAAAAAAGAAAGCAAAGUUGUUUGAAUGCGAGAAUAUGAAAAAACGUCUUGCGAAGCGUUUGCGGUUGAAUUUUACCUUAAAUUGAAGGCAAGCUUAAAUAACGUAUAAUAACAUGCAUACCUAACAUAUAUAUAUAUAUAUAUAUAUAUAUCUAUAUAUAUAUAUAUAUAUAUAUAUAUAUAUAUAUAUAUAUAUAUAUAUAUAUAUAUAUAUAUAUAUAUAUAUAUAUAUAUAUAUAUAUAUAUAUAUAUAUAUAUAUAUAUAUACUGAAGACUAUAUUCAAAAAAAUAGUCGAUGAGUUGACGUAAGGUAGAAGAGCGCUCAAUACCAUAAUAAGUAGAGCGGAAUUAAUUCUGUCAAGGUUUGAAUGUUUGCGUCGCUAGUCGCUACUCUGAGUUUCACGCUUUACGCGAUCAUCAGGCAACUGACAGAUAUUAUUCAAUAUUCAUAAUAAAUAUAGGUUAUCAUUUUACAACUUGAUUAAGCAGGUAUCUGGUUACAUGUCUACAUUUGGAAAACAAGUCAGAGCGUUUGUUCAGGCAUUCAGUUUUCUUCGCUUCUAAGUCUUUCCGACAUGAGGAAUACAAGAGCAACACCAAACUGUCCAAGUACGUCUGGAAACUGAAGUCAGAAAAAAGUCAGUAUACAAUAAAGUGGUCCAUUAUGAAGAAAGUCAAAGCAUACAAACCAGGAUCUAAACGGUGUAAUUUAUGCCUCGAGGAGAAACUACUUAUUAUGAAAGCGAAGAAAACUGAAUGCCUGAACAAACGCUCUGACUUGUUUUCCAAAUGUAGACAUGUAACCAGAUACCUGCUUAAUCAAGUUGUAAAAUGAUAACCUAUAUUUAUUAUGAAUAUUGAAUAAUAUCUGUCAGUUGCCUGAUGAUCGCGUAAAGCGUGAAACUCAGAGUAGCGACGCAAACAUUCAUAUAUAUAUAUAUAUAUAUAUAUAUAUAUAUAUAUAUAUAUAUAUAUAUAUAUAUAUAUAUAUAUAUAUAUAUAUAUAUAUAUAUAUAUAUAUAUAUAUAUAUAUGUUUGGGGAAUUGAUAAUUUUGUAAUUAAAAGUGAUAUUUUUAGGGGAUUUUUCAUUUGUAAAAAUAUUCUUAACAAAAUUAUCGUGUUACCAUGACAACUACUUUAAAUACUUCAUCACAGAUGAUAGAUUAUACCAGAUGAAUCACUGUGUAUCUUAUCUAUCCCUAUGACUUUCGUGUCCGUGAUUUUCGCGAAUGUAUCACGCCAGAUGAGGCGUGCGACACUUACUGCCAAAAUGGCGCUUACUGCCAAAAUGCGCGAUUGCUCACGUUUCAUGGCGUGGAUUACACUUACUGCCAAAAUGGCGGCCAACGCGUGUUCAUAAAAAAUCGUGGACACAAUUUUGGCUGAGUGAUUCAUCUGGUAUUAUCUAUCAUCUGUGACUUCAUGUUCGGAAAAUACAAUGGUUUUAAAAGUCAGCAAGGCGAGGGUUUUCUGCAUGCAUGGAUGUAUUUUCUAGUAUAGAUUAUAUAAUAAAGCCCCCGUCCCCCGUACAGUUUUUGAUUUUGUCUUUAUGAACUGAUAACAUUUGCCGCAUAGUCAGACCGCACUUUUGAGCGAAAAUAUUGGCGCGAGUGGGGAAUUGAGGGGCAAAUUAAUCUUUGGGGUUUUAAACAUCCCUAAAAAAAUUAUUAAUAAUUCAUGAGAAAAUACAAAAGAACUGAAUGUUUAAUCAGAUUAAAUAUCGUCUGCAUGCUCAUGUUUUAUCUAGUACAUGUUAUAAACGCUAUGCUAUAGUUACCCGCGUGUAAGUGGAAGAGAUUUUGAAAAAAGUUUUUAGUAUGCUAUCAUUUAUACAUGCUACACAUAUAUUUUUCAUGUUUCUUCUUUAUUUCUUUUCAUUCUUGAUAUAUUUUAGUUUGUUUGUAUGAGGUCACAAACUGGUGAAAUAAUUUCAAAAAUGGCAGUCAUGCCAAAUUCAUAAAGCGUAUUGUUCAAAGUAUAUGAAAUCAUUCAAGUCUGUAUCGACGAUUCCCGUUGACUAAUCUUGCGCACAAAAACAUGAAGAUUUAAGAGUCGUGUGUGUGGACUGUCAGUCUGUCACAAAGUUAACCUCGCUUGUGACGUCGUCUUAUUUGCAUAUCAAAUAAAAUGAAGUAUCUUUCAACCAAAGAAAGAUAUAAAAUUCUGCAAAAUGACUUAUUCGACAGUCCAAACAUACUUAAAUGUUGUUGCCAAUACCUUUUAUUAUUAUAUACACAAGGUCUGGAUAUGAGGUAUUCUGCAAUCUGAUUGGUUCUCUACUAGCAGGAUAUUUAACAAUUAGACAACGAGGCCGAGUUGUCUAUGAGCGAAUAGUCAACGAGGCGAAGCCGAGUUGACUAUUUGCUCAUAGACAACGAGGCCGAGUUGUCUAAUUGUUUUAGUAUAAACUUUAACAUUAAUUUACAACUAGGCUGCAAACACAAUACAAAAAUACACAAAAAACAUUAUAAAACCAUUAAAGGUAAACAAAUAUUUUAGUUUUUGUUCGCGUAAAAUGUUUUAAAAAUUCAGUUUUAAUUUUAAAAUUUCAUUGAGUGUAUGUUAUUUUGUCUAUUUUCUUACCCUUAAAAAUUGCCAUUCCAUAUUUUUGUUGCUUUUUCCGGGAUUUUUUAGUACAGAAUUGUUCAACAAGUCGUCCAAAAAAUCAUCAGACACUUCGGCAAAAGUGCAAAACGCGAAUUUUUCGCCAUUUUGAAUUUUCUAUUAGUAGGCUAUCACUAAUAGCCUACUAGUAGCGUAGCCAAUCAGAAGGCACGAAAUGUGAUAGCCUACUAGUAGGUUUAUCCUGGUUUAUACUAAUAGCUCAUAUCCUGCUAGUAGAGAAAAACAAAAUGGCGGCCAAACUGAAUUUACGAUGUUUUGCAAACGAGAAAACGAAAAAUAUUGAAAAUAUUCGAAAAGCAAAGUCUGUGAAUUCAGACCUUGUGUAUAUAAUAAAACAGUUAUUCCACUCACUCUCGUCGAAUAUGAGCGAUAGCCGAUUCGGCGCUAGGCGCCUCAUCGGCUACAGCUCAUAUUCGACUCGAGUUCGUAGAAUAACUGUUAAAUAUACCUAGUUGCCAUGUAGGUCGGUUAUUUGAUGAGUAUGGCAAUUAUUUCAAUUGGUGGAAGGACUCGUCUUUGAAGGAAUUUCAGAAAAGAACAGCUUGCCUAGCCAAGAAAUAUUCUAAAUAUUCAUAUUAUGGUUUGAAGGUACUUUACUCGAUGAAAUUCUGAUUAUGUAAUUAUGUUAUCGUCUAUGACUAUGAAUUAUAUGAUAUCCAUUUGAUAUUAUUCAUCCUCUAAGCACCUUAGUUGUUAUUUCUAGGUAAAUGGUGAAGCGUCAUUGGAUGAAAACAUUGCAGACAACGGGGGGAUUAAACAAGCGUUUCAGGUAUGACUGAUAUUGAUGAAAAAGAGUUGAAAUGACAGUAUUGCAUAUGACAUACUAUACAUAAUUUUUCUUAAUUUUCGCCCAUAAAUCUUUUAUUAAUAUUGACAAAACUUUAUUAUAAAAAGAUUAGGGACUUUUGUUUAAUACCCCUGUGCUAUGUUAUAUACUAUAUUUAUUUUAAAAACUCACUAAACGGUAAAAUAACUUAUUUUACAACUUUUCCUUAUUUCUUUUCACCCUUGAUUCUUGAUAUACUGUAUUUUAAACAAAACAAGCAAAGAAAGCAUGCAAAUCUCGCGUAUUUUCAAAGUUAAUAUUAAUAUAAUGUAUUAUAUAAUCAUUAGAUACAUUCUAUAUAUUAUAAUGUAAUGAAUAUAAUGAUUAUUUUGCAAAUAGGACAAUUUAUACCAUUACAUUUUGCAUUUCUAUUUUUCGUUGUUUUUUGGUUAUUCUUGUUUUGUAAUGGUAUGUGUUAAAACAAUAGGAAAUUCCAGCUUUUAGUUUAUACCUGCAGGGGAUGAUGGGAAGUAAGGUAUCAUAUCUGAUUGUGCUGAAAAAUUUCAAUAAAAACUGCCGAAACAACCGAAAUAUUUCAAUAUUUACAAGUAUAAGCUAUCACUCCGUGUUCACACGGCCACAAUUUUUAUUUUUUCAGCAUAAUCAGCAAUGUGAUACCUUACUUCCCAUCGUCCCCUGCAUGCAUAAACUAAAAGCUGGAAUUGCCAAUUAUUCACCUCAGUGUCGGUGAAUAGUGCAAGGAUAUUCACCGAAACGCGAAUGAUUGUUACCUGUAAUUAUUUUUUCUUUCUCCCCCAGGCUUACCAGACGUAUAGUAAACAACAUUAUGAACCCACCAUUCCUACAUUGAAUUUAACAAAUAAUCAACUAUUCUUCAUUGGCUCCGCACAGGUAUAUAUACUGUAUAACUGACAUUACUAUUCGUGGUUUCUGAAUGGCUAACAGCCAACUGUGAAAUUGUCAUAUCAACUCAAAUGGCUAACCAAAUAUGGAGAUUUGAAUAAUAUUCAAGGUGACGUCAUAAUGUUGAUUUGAAAAAAUAAUGUUAAACGCUGUGAAGUCAUGCCAUUGGCGACUGGUGAAGGAGUGAGGAAUUGUAGAUCAGUCAACCAUACUGCCGCAGUUUCAUCUUUUGAAUAAAUAGUAAAACAAUUAUUGAAUUCGGUUUUCGCAUGCUAUUUUUUAACAUCUAUUCACCGAAGGCAAAGUGAUUAUCGGUGAUUAUUAUUCAUUCUGUUCGGUUUCUGAUUGGCUAACAGUCAACUGUGAAAUCCAGUAUCAACUUACUAACUGAACAAAUCCGGAUUUUUUACAUAAUAUUCAACGGAGUGACGCCAUAGCGUUGAAUAUGAAAAAAAUCAACGUGUUGCUGUGGAAAUACGAAUACGUUAUGUGGAAGCAUGGCUAAAACAAUAUGGUGCCGCCUUCGGCCAUGCUUCCAGAUUUAAGCCCAUUUUCCAAUAUACGCGAAUUUGUUCGCGCGAACAGUAAAAAAAGUAGGAACUGAUCCAAUGUUUUCGCUGCGAAUUUUUUCGCUGACCAAUAAUCACAUUGUAUCAAGAAGUAUCACAUUGUAUCAAGAAGAAUCAAGAAGUAUCACAAAACAGCUACAAAAGGUUUUUCAAAGAUCUUAACUUACUUAUGAAAGAUAAUGGAAAAGAUUUUCGGUAAAUGGGAAAACGAAACUCGUUUUCUCGACGAAUUGAACCCACAGGAUAUGUUUAUUAUCUUCAAAAUAAAUAACAAAACAAUCAUUGAAUUCGGUUUUUGCAACAUAUGAAGAAUUAUCAACCCCUUGGGGUUUUUUUUUUACACUUGGUAUAUAAUAAACGACUGUCGGUGAUUCGAAUGAUCCAGUCAACAAGUUUUGAUUGCUAUUCGUAAAGGGUUCGAAAUAUUCGAAACUAUUCAGAAAUUCUGUACAAUUUUUCGAACUAGAUUUGGUGUUCAAAACAGCGAUAUUCUAGACGUCAAGCUUUCGCGCGUGGAAAACACCCUCCCAAGAUGGUCAGGUAUGUCGUAACUAAAACAUGUGCAAAGUUUCUUUGUCACAAUUUGAACUAAAUCUCGGCCUCACUGAGAACGCAACCUGACUACAGUUUGACCUCAAUUUGACCCGUUUUAGUGGACCCAGCAUAGUUCAGGUUUCCAUCUGUACAGUAUAACACUGGGAAUCUGGAAGAGACAGUUUAGAACUUUAGACAGAACUUAUGGAGGUAUAUCUAUAGUGUAAAUAAGGCAUGCAUGUAGAUUUUAUUUUUUUGAGGUAUCCAAUGAUUUUUUGAGCUAUCAAACAGUGGUUCCAACUUUGAUUAGCGGUACAAUCUCCUGAGCCUGCAAUUCCCUGUGGAGGCUUGCUAAAGCUCUGGGAAACACCAGCGAAUUUUGCACAAAAUUCAGUACAUUUGGAUCCAGUACCUCGCUCGAGAUUUAUAAAUAAACAUUGCUGCCGUCAAACAUAAAUUUAUGCGGUUUAAGCUUUUUACGACUUUAGCUUUUCAAGGAACACUUGCCUGUGUUUUGAAAUGUUGUAAGAUACUGGUAGUGAUUUAUUUAACUUGUUUAAUAACGGUAAAUCAUGGAUUGUUGUGUUGCUAGCCUAAGCCUUGACAGUAAUGCCGAUUUUGAUAUUAAUAAAUAUUACAAGCAAGUAAGAACGGCUACAUUUAGUUGGAACUACUUAAGUCUGGUUUCCAUAUGGUCGUAAAGAUUGAGUCACGAUCUUUCUCAUCAGCCGAAAUACAGCAUUUUAGAACUGAAAAUAAGCGGAGUGAUUAUAACUAGAAAAUACUUAUGAUUUAUAUGUGGUUUACAGGUAUAACCUAUUAUGAACUGGCCGCUGAGAAAGAUCGUGACUCUGUUUUUAUACGAUCAUUACGAUCAUAUGGAAACCAGGCUAAAAUAUAGUUUUAUCAUAACCUUAUACUUUAAUCUGCACUGGUGUUAUUCUACGUACAGUUUUGUUAUUGGCAUAUUAAUAUCUUUUGAUUUCGUAUGAGAAGCGAAGGAAAUAACUCAAUAAUUCGUUAAAGUUAUACUGUGUGUUUCAUUGAUACGUUUAAACAUAAUACACAAAAAUAAUUAACUUCAUAUCACGGAAUCAGUGUAAAAAAAAUGGGUAUACAAACAAUUAACAAACAGCCAAUCAAAGCCCGUUUUCGCUAGUGUUUACCAGAGGCUCGGCAUGUCUCCACAGAAGAUUGCAGGGUCAGGGUUCGAAAUUGUAUCCAGGGUCUUGCUUGCGAGGUUGAAAUUCCCCCAGUUAUGGAUACACAUUAAUGUCACGCCGUUUAUGAGUUUGGGUGUGCGGUUAAGUAUGGGCUGAGGGGUCAGGAUGGAUAUAGAUUCAUGUCUUGCCGUGUUUAUGAAUUAGAGAGGGCUCAGCAUUCAUAAACAGACACACAUGAAUCCAGGGCCAUCCUCAGGGAAUUCUUCAGGGGGGUGUAAGGUCAUUUCAACCGACCGGUACCUGGAAAAAAUUUUUUUGGAACAAAUUAUUCUGGGCGACCUCCCUCCCCCCCCCCGUCGCCAAAAAAAUUUCGGUCAGUGUACCAUUUUAGGGGUUCAAAAAUUUUUCCGGACAUAUCAAAAUUUUUCGGAACAUCAAAAAAUUUUCCGGACAUCACAAAUUUUCUCCAUUUAUCAAAAAUUUUUUUCUAAAAUUCCGAAAAUUUCUAGAAUAUUCGAAAUUUUUGUAAAUAUACCUUAUUUUUUCUACUGCCCUGCAACCGACUGACGAACAGGGCCGCCGAGAGGUUGACGAGAGCCCGGGCGAGAAAAUUUUUUUCGGAGACCAACAACCUCUAUCUUGCCCUUUGCGCGAAAAUAUUUAACCCAAAUAGCAGUCCUACCGACUGAAUAGCAGUCCUGUCGACUGAAUACAAUUUCUGGGGGGUGUCACCCCCCCCCCACACACACAUACACCCUCCCCCCCAUAUCUCCGGUCCUGCAUGAAUCUAUAACCGUCAGGAUAAUAGGGUCGCCAUUCAUUAUGAUCUAUGCAACUGCUUUUCUAUAGAGUUAUCGGUACAUUGUCAAAUUACGCAGAAUUCUCGAAAGCAUUCAAAUGUCCCGUUGGUUCCCGGAUGAAUCCAAAGGAAAAAUGUAACAUUUGGUAACAAAUUCUUAACAAUACAUUGAAAUACUAAAUAGUUUAUAAUAUAUACUAUAAUAUUAUCCUGAGACAGAGUAAUUUACACGAAUCUAGUAUUGCCAGGCAAUGAAUUUAUAUACAUUUAGAUGUAGUUGUGAAAUUUAUAUGUGUAGUUUUAGCUAUGUAUAAAACUAAGCGUGAUUUAAUUACAAUUGUGCAGUUUUGUCGUGUUUUACCCUGCAUUCUAUUUUGCGCAGGGGAAAUAAAAAAUUCCCGGUUUCUCAUCAGCGCCCGCAUUAUAAAUAAGGCCCGCAUUUUUAUCAUGUUGCAUACAUUUUUUUGCGCUCUGAGUCAGAAGAACUGAGGGAAGGAUCCGAAAUAUACGUGCAAUACGUUGAUUAACUGUUUUAAGUUUUUUUAAUUUUUGAUUUUCGAAAUUCCUGACUUUCGCAUGAUACGCUCUCGUCCAAUGAGAUUCAAGAAAAUAUAAUAAAAUGUAUGUAAUAAUUUGCAUAUCCACCGAUGACCCAAAACUGCAAGUAUCCCAACAACUUUUGAAAAUGAUUGUUGGCUGCAUGGUUAUUUGGUUGUAUGGACAGACUUCAGACAUUGCAUAUAGCAAUGUUUCUUAUUAUAAUUAAUCAACCGCGUUCCUGUUGUCUUUAUUUGCACGGGGACGUGCUUCAAAAAUACGUGCCUCAUUUAGUUCUUAAAUUUCUGAAGACAAGCCGGGAAUUUUUUUAAAUUAGCCUUAAUACGUUUAUAAAUCUAUAUAGCUAGACUAGUUUAAAAUGCAUUUAUGGCAUGUUUUAAAUAAUGGUAUAUGGCAGGGGCGUAGGAAGCAUCAAAAGAUUGGGGGGCAACCGCUUCCAGGGGCACUUGGAUAUUGUCGGGGGGGGGGGGAUUUUCCCGUCAUACCAUGUUAACUUCGUAUUUACAGCGACAUUAGCACAAAAAAGGGCACUUUUAGUCCUUUGAAACUUUUAGUCCUACGCCCUUUGAAACUUUUAGUCCUACGCCCUUUGAAACUUUUAGUCCUACGCCCUUUGAAACUUUUAGUCCUACGCCCCUGGUCUACAGUCGAACCUUUUGCAAAUUAUGCUGGUUUUAGAUAAUAUUGGAGACCCAUUUCUGCUUACUAGAUUAUUUUCUGCUUUAUUAUUAAAUUUAUGAAUUUAAAAUUAAAUAAUAUUAAUGUUCAUUAAAUUAAACUGUAGAACCCAUGCCGUAGUGCUGAUCUGUGUUUUCAACUGGAAUGCUCCCUCGUCGCUGCUCCGUGAAAUUUCGUUUCUCA